AUGCGCACGAUCCUCUGCGGCACUGCAGCACGCUGUGACACCCGGCCUCAGCUCUGCCGCGUCCUGCCGCCGCGCGCUGCGCCUCUGGACCUUCGAGGGCUGCCGCCUCCUCACAGGAGGGCGGGAACGCAGCCGCUGCGGGGCGAAGGAGGCCCUGCGGGGCGGAGGCUGCCGGCGCGGAGCUGUGUUUACUUUCCGGGGCGGCGGGGCGGCUUUCCGGGGCGGUGCGUGUGCGGUGCUCGGCCCGGAUUGGGGCUGCGCGGGCUGAGGGAGCGCGUCUGGUGGAGGCACGCUGCGAGCCCGGCGGCCACCAUGAGUGGUUCACAAAACAAUGACACGAAAAGGCAGUUUCUUCUAGAACGGUUAUUGGAUGCAGUCAAGCAGUGUCAAAUACGGUUUGGAGGAAGAAAAGAAAUAGCUUCGGAUUCUGAUAGCAGAGUCACUUGCUUGUGCGCUCAGUUUGAAGCUGUGUUACAACACGGUCUGAGGAGGAGCCGAGGAUUAGCAUUAACAGCAGCAGCAAUCAAACAGGCAGCAGGUUUCUCUAGUAAAACUGAAACAGAGCCAGUGUUUUGGUACUAUGUGAAAGAAUUUCUGAAUAAACAUGAACUACAGCGCUUUUACUCUCUGAAGACAAUUACUACAGAUAUUGGCAGAGGUCGGGCUUGGUUGCGCUGUGCAUUGAAUGAGCAUUCCCUGGAAAGAUAUGUUCAUAUGCUACUUGCAGACAAGAAUCGGCUUAGUGUCUUCUAUGAAGACUGGUCUUUUAUGAUGGAUGAAGAACGUUCUAGUAUGAUCCCUACAAUGGCAGCUGGUUUGAACUCCAUUCUGUUUGCAAUCAACAUUGAUAAUAGGGAUUUAAAUGGACAAAGCAAAUGCGCACCCACAGUGUCUGAUCUGUUAAAGGAAUCAACGCAAAAUGUAACCUCAUUAUUGAAAGAAUCCACUCAGGGUGUUAGCAGUCUUUUUAGAGAGAUAACUGCAUCCUCUGCUGUCUCCAUUCUCAUAAAACCUGAUCAAGACACUGACCCGCUUCCUGUUCUCUCAAAGAAUGUAAAUGCUGAAUUGAAAUAUAAGAAAGAUCGAAAAAAGAAGAAGAGGGUGACAAAUAUAAUCUCAUUUGAUGAAGAAAAUAAUGAACUGAAUGUGGGAGAUGUCACAAAGACCCCUAUUAUGGGACAAAGUUCAGAGGAGAGUUUAGAUAAAUCUUCAGUUUUUAUAUUACCCUCAUCUGAAACCAGUCACGAAAAAAAUUCAAAUGAGAAUGAGAGUAACCACUCGUGGAAAAGUAAUUCUGUUUUCAUGAAUGGAGAGUAUGAAUACCAGAAACUAGAUGUGAAAAGUAUUGAUGAUGAAGAUGCAGAUGAAGAUGAACUAUGUGGAAAAACAUUAGGAAAUAAAGGCACAGAAGCGGAAACUGAAUCUUCUGAAAAGCCUCAUGAAAUAGUUACAUGCAAUUCUCAGAUAUGCAGUUGGACUCCUCUGCAAGUUUUGAAUUAUGACUCAGCUGUUCUGUUUCCUGUCAGUGCUGUUGACUCUUACUCCCGAACUGAUAAAUUGGAGAAUGGAGGUGGGCAUGAAAAUGUUGUUGGUGCAGUAGAACUGUUUCCAAGAAGAUCUGAUCUUUCCUACAGAGUGGAAGUCAGUCCUCCAGCUCAAGUGAAUACUUUAAGCAAUAUAUUGCCUUCAGCCACUGUGCCCGAAUCCAUGACAAUUAAUGAACUUCGUCAAGCUAUUCUGGCCAUGAUGAAUAGAAAGGAUGAACUGGAAGAACAGAAUAGGUCCCUUAGAAAUCUGCUUGAUGGUGAGAUGGAGCAUUCUGCAGCACUGAGGCAGGAAAUGGACAAUUGGAGAAAGAAGGUAGCAGAACAGGAAGAGCGACAUGCCACAAAAGUCCAAGCCUUGGCACGAGAAAAUGAAGUGCUAAAAGUGCAACUUAAGAAGUAUGUAGGAGCUGUCCAGAUGCUCAGAAGAGAAGGUCAAGCAGUGGAAGUUUUGCCAAACAUCUGGAGCACUGAUGGUGAACUUAGUAUUCCAGAGCAAAAGCAAGUAGAAAACAAUGAGGAACUAGCCAGCUCUUAUGAAAGAAAAUUGAUUGAGGUGGCUGAAAUGCAUGGGGAAUUGAUCGAGUUUAAUGAGAGGCUGCACCGUGCUCUAAUGGCUAAAGAAGCUCUUGUGUCCCAGAUGAGACAGGAGCUAAUUGAUUUGAGAGGGCCAGUCCCUGGAGAUUUGAGUCAAACAUCUGAAGAUCAGAGUCUGUCAGACUUUGAAAUAUCAAAUCGAGCUCUUAUUAAUGUUUGGAUUCCCUCAGUGUUUCUGCGUGGAAAAGCUGCUAAUGCAUUCCAUGUUUAUCAAGUUUAUAUAAGAAUAAAGGAUGAUGAAUGGAAUGUUUACCGAAGAUAUGCAGAGUUCAGAAGCUUGCAUCAUAAAUUACAGAAUAAAUACCACCAAGUGAGGACUUUUAACUUUCCACCAAAAAAAGCUAUUGGAAAUAAGGAUGCAAAAUUUGUAGAAGAGCGCCGCAAACAGCUGCAAAAUUACCUAAGGAAUGUAAUGAACAAAGUUAUUCAAGUUGUGCCAGAAUUCACAGCCAAUCCCAAAAAAGAGACUCUAAUUCAGCUGAUGCCCUUUUUUGUUGAUAUUCCACCUUCUGGAGAAGCAGUAAGCAAAAACAGUUGCUUGAGAGUGACUACACGCUUCCCAAAACUGUCUCGCAGCCAUCAAAGAGAGCCACGAAGUCUGGAACCUCAAAGCGGUGAUCUUUGACCCUUUUUCUAAUUCUGAGUACUGGCACUAUGUACUUUAAGUUGCUCUGUGAUUCCUUCCUAGCUUGUAUUUAUAAUUUAAGCUCCUGAAGAGACUACAGCUGCAUCAACUUAAAUCCUGAAAAAGACAUUCAUUACUAAGGGUCAUAUCCUGACUAAGUUCUUUAGAAGUCAGUAAUCACUUUCUCAGAAAGAAUGAGGGCUCUUCACUAGGGCUAUCACACUUGUAAGCAUUUCCUUUGUUUUGUGAAGCUUCAGUGCACAUAUUCUCCUUUGUUCUGUUCAAGCAAAUUCCUUGUUUAUGUUGUUGUCUUCCUUUGCACAUGUUCAUUUUUCUGGUUCAGACAUGAGUAUUAUGUCACAAUAAUUCUCCUUGAAAGAACAGCUAUGUUUAUCACUACUUUUUAUGUCAGUAAAAUGUGCUUAAAAUGACCUCACUAAUUUAUAACCUUUUGUAAAUAGGAAGAGUCGGAAAACUGUUUUGUGUUUUUUUUGUAAAUUAUUAUUGGGUUUUUUAAAAACUUGACAAAGUAGAUGACAAGGGGAAAAUGGUACAGGUGGAAAAACAGCUUUUCUAUGUUUCUAGCUUGGUAUUUUCAAUAGAUUUCAUUUGUAGCAAGUAAUUCUUUAAAAUCAGAUAUCAUAAUUUUCUAGUGAAAUUUCACUCUUGAUUUAAGGCUGGGUGCAAUAUUAUUAAUUCCUGCAAGCCACCACAAAAUCAGCAGGGUACAAAAUAGUGUUUUCAAGUCUUGGAUUAUAUUUUGUUAUUAGCUUGUCACUGUUGCUACAGAGCAGUCCCACAUCAUUAAGUGUGAAUUUGGAAUUAGCACUCUUCAUUUGUAGAACACUUCACAUAGUGAUAAUUAAGAAUUACCUGUAACGAAAAGUGCCUGUUACCAAUCAUCUGUCACCGAACAGUAUUCUGCUAUGGUAAUACUGUAAGAAUAACUAAAAAAAAAAAAAAAAAGAAAAAGAAUUAUUACAAGUGAUGGAAGUUCAGACAAGGAUUAACUGGAAUCCAGUUCAGUAUCCAUUAGUUGCUCUGCUAUAGGCAGUCAAUUGUGUGUUAACUAUUUUCUUCAUUAAGUUUAAGCAGUGUACAUCCAGAUUUUCUGUCAGUUGUAUUCUGGUUUUCCUUUGUGUAAGAACAUCCUUGUUCUCUGAAGUUUUGUUUUUUAAUAAUGUUAAUUUAAAUUUGUGUAUCUUGUCAUUUUAGUAUCUAUUAAUUUUAUUCUCACAUCAGUAGAUACUGAAAUCUAAUGUUACCCUGCAGAAAAAAAAAAAGUCACGUUGAUGAUUAAUAAGAGUCUUUACAUCAAUACUUUACAAACAGCAAGUAAUGCCUGUGGGCUGGAUCAAAAUACAAAAUCUGAAAGUGCAGCUUGGGAAAUAGCCUUUUUUUUUUUUUUUUUUUAAUUAAAAGAUGAAUUACUGUUGGUGUUUUGUGUAACUGAAAUACUUACUGAAGAAGGAAAAAAAGCCAGUAGCAAGUCAACCAAAACCUUUUCAAACUCUUCAGUUUGAUGCAAUGCUGGCAGGGUAAGCUUUGCCUUCAUUGGAAGGGAAAAGCAGCUGUAAUGGUGGUCCCACUCUGAAACAAAUCUAAAUUUACUUUUCUGAAAGCAGAGACUUGGUUAGUAGAAAUACGACACACAUCCAUUAACAAUGAAUUGCAAGUAAAUCUGAACGAAAGCAUGAUUUGGAAUCCUUUGUAAUGUAUCUGUUCGUCCUUUGAAGCUGUUUUUGUUUUCAGGAAAUAAUUCACAAAUUAAAGGACUUCUUGUUCAGAAAGUUGCAAAUGGUAAGAUAACUCAAUUUGCACAAUCCAAAUUUAAUUUUUUCUAGUUGCUAAGGAGGAAUUUUUUUGUCUCCCAUUUGACUCUUAAAAUUAUUCCUGUUCUAGUUCUUUUAAUUUUUAAUGUAUUUAGAUUACAUAAAAAUUCUGAACUUGUUUACUACGUACAAUUUGUUCUUUAUUAACUUCACCUGAAUUGUCUGCUGCUAAGAUUACAGCCUGCAAAUAGUGUUUGUGAUAUGAGGUAGUGUAGUGGGUGCAGUACUAAUCCAUUUAAAUACUCAUCUGUGGCUUAUCUGAUCUCAGAAGAUAAUUUAAUUAAGUCUUUCUUCACAAGUCAGAUUUCCGCCUCGCUUGGAUACUUUGGAAAGGCAAUACUUGCAUGACUGUAAAGAGAUACCUGAGAACAUGAAUGCCCAAAUUUUUAGUAUCUCAGAACAUUCUAAGAUGCUCUGUCUUUUAUAAAAUUACAACUCUGUCAUAAAUCCUUUUUUUUUUUUUUAUUCAUCAAGAACAGGAAUGACAGUUAACAAAAGAUGACUUGCUGGCAUUAAGAAUUCCAAUAUAUUGUUCAUGUAAAAUAGCUGCAACUGCAGCAAAGAUUCUAUCAACUGGGUGAUUGUACCAGUUUCUCUUGUGUCACCUAAUUCCAUGUGUGUAAUUGUCAUUUCUGUAGCAUAUAGUUAUCAUUUUUUAUAUUUUUAUAAUAGCUGAGUGCUCUUAAAUCCUUAGAUCUAAUCUGUGGCUGCUGCACAAUGAGUUUAUGGGUUCAACCAGGUCUUUCUGGCUGCUCUGGACAUCUCUGUGAACACACAAUACAGUCUCAGGCCAGUCUGAUCCCAGCAGUUGUUCUUUCAAGCUUUAGGCUAAAGUGUGGUGUUUAGAAAUUUGAAGUAUCAUUUCCAUUUCAUUCUCAUUUUAUCUUUAGAUAUACUAGGUUAGUAGGGCUGCUCAUCUGCAACCUUUAGAGUCUAUUCAAAAUAAAAUGGCAUUACUUUUUAAUUUUAAUGCUGCUGUCCUGCCACUCACAAAAGGAACAAUUUUCUAAGAAAAUCAAGGGAGACAAGACAUAGAUGUUCUGUAAAUGCGAUCAUCUAUCAGUAUUAAUUCCUUAAAUAUUGACCGUGUGUUUUCAGAAUUUCAUUUAUUUAGAGAUUGUUAGUCACUGUAGAGAAUGCAGUAUACUGACCUUGCUUUUUCCAUUAAAUCAAGUUUUUCAAGAAUAAAAAUAAAUUUCCAAGGUUUAAAUGAGACAAGAUAUUGGUGUAGUUAUAAAGUGUUACAUUGAUACAUUCUUGAAGUCACAUUCUUAAAAAGAUUAAUAAGCUCAAAGCCCAUUACUUUUUGUUGGAAUAUAUUGUUGAUGUGGUAGCUGAAAUUAAAUUGUACUAUCUUAUAGAAUCUGCUUUAAGUUUUAAGCCAUCAUGAUUGAAUUAAUACAAGUACUUAAAGGACAUAACGGUAUUAAAGACCAUUGGCUCAAAAUUGU